CUAGCUUCUUCAAUUCAAUUCAAUUCAAUUCAAUUCUAACUUACUUGUAACACACAACACCAAAACCAAAACCAAAACCAAAACCAAAACCAAAACCAAAACCAAAACCAAAACCAAAAAAUGAUGAUGGACGGGGGAGAAUGGAGCUCCUUUAACGGAGUUUGUGUUAAUGAUGAGGCCGAUUUUAUGGCUCAGUUGUUUCCUAAUUGUUCCCUUGAUAACGAGCUAGAAUCAUCGAGCUUGGUGUUGUCAUCCUCUUGUUACUCUGGUAUGACGGAGGGUGACAAUGGCUCUUUCUUUUCAACUGAUGAAAACAAUUCUAACUUGUAUUGUUUGUCUCAAGGGAGUAGCUAUAGUGGCAGCAGCAGUAGUAAUAAUAUUGCAUACCCUUAUCAUGAAAACUAUCAUUUUUUUGUAGCUAAUAAUAAUGAUAGCUCAUGCCAUUUCCCUGUUGAUUUAUGCCCAUCUGCUGCCAAAAACUUUAUCCAACGCCUUCCAGCUGGUAAUCCCAUGGAAACAAGUGACAGCUUGAAUCUAGAAAUGAGCUGCGGUGGCAGCUUUGAUGAUCAACCAGAAUAUUCGGAUAAUAAGCAUUUGCAGCUGAAACAAGAAUAUGAAAUUGAGCCAGCUUCUGAAGAUAGAAGCAGUCAUGAGAGUGCAAGGAAAAGACCUCGAAUUUCAGAGAAAGGGAAGAGGAACAUUAGGACAAAGAAGAAUCAGAAAAGUAGUUGUGAUGACCAAGAUAAUUCUGCUGACCUUAAUAAGCACAACUCAAGUAGCAGUUCCGAAGAAGAGGGCUCAAAGGAAACUAGUACUACAACUGUCAUCUUGAAUGGAAAAACAAGAGCUAGCAGGGGUGCUGCAACAGACCCUCAAAGUCUCUACGCCAGGAAAAGGAGAGAGCGGAUAAAUGAACGACUAAGAAUCCUGCAGAAUCUUGUUCCUAAUGGAACCAAGGUUGACAUAAGCACAAUGCUUGAAGAAGCUGUCCAGUAUGUCAAAUUUUUACAGCAACAAAUUAAGCUAUUGAGUUCAGACGAUUUAUGGAUGUAUGCGCCUCUUGCAUACAAUGGAAUGGACAUUGGUCUUGAUUCAAAGAUCAACUCGUUACUAUGAUAUUCCUGACUACAUACAUCAUACAUGAUACAUCUGCCUCUUGUAAACUUGAAACACACAUAAUACCAACACUAAUAAUAACUAGCUAGGCCUUUGUAAUCUUAUACUAUUAUGCUAAGUUACAAUGCCAACCCAUUUUUUUCCUGAAACCUGCAAAUAAAAGCGGGUGACAGAUAUAUUACAUUUUAUAUUAUAUUAAUUUACA